UUUCUGUUUAAAUCGAAAACAAUAUUCGACGGAAUCGCGUUUUACGUGUUGGACACAGAAGUACGAUGCUGAUAUUGGGUGUGAUUGUAGCUGUGCUUGUUAUUCUAGUAACACUUGUGAUAACUUGGCUUCAUGCUCUAAGAAAGUAUGAUAGUUUAAAAAAUGUGCCAGGACCGACACCAAUUCCAAUUAUUGGAAAUGCCCUUCUAAUGGGAACUACAACCGUAACUCUGCUACAAAGCUUUAUGGACCUGCAGAAAAAAUAUGGAAAUUUCUAUAAAUUAUGGAUGGGACCCAGGUUACACUUGGUGAUAUACAAACCAGAAUAUUUAGAGAAAAUCAUGACUUCAAACAUUCAUUUGGAUAAAACCAGCGGGUAUGAUUUAUUUGAACCAUGGUUAGGGGACGGAUUAUUAACAAGCACUGGACAAAAGUGGAAGAUUAGAAGGAAAAUGAUAACUCCAACUUUUCAUUUCAAAAUCCUCGAAGAAUUUGUUAAAGUUUUUAACAAAUCGUUUACUAUUAUGACAGAAAUCAUGGAAAAGAAAGUUAAACAAAAUUUAAAUGAAUCCGUGGAAAUUACUGAACAUAUUAAUUUGGCCUCACUGGAUGCUAUUUGUGAAACGGCCUUUGGUACAUGCCUAAACGUUCAACGUAACGCAAACCGAGAAUACGUAAAAGCUCUAGGAAGAUUUUUAGAAAUUUUCGUAUUCAGGUUUUUUUCCGCAUGGUUACGUAAUCCGGUGCUAUUCAGAUUUACGUCACUUUAUAAAGAGUAUACCGAAAAUUUAAAAAUUCUUCAUACAUUUACGAACAACAUAAUUAAAGCACGAAAAGAAGAAUACAAAACUCAGAAAUUCGAUAAAAAACAAAACUCAGACGAUGGUAUCAAGAAACGAGUAGCUUUGUUAGAUAUGUUAUUACAAGCGAAAGAAAAUGGAGAAGAUAUACCUGACGAAGACAUCAGAGCAGAAGUUGAUACGUUCAUGUUUGAGGGUCAUGACACAACAACUUCUGGAAUUGCCUACACUUUAUACGCCCUGGCUGAAAAUCCCGAAGUUCAAAAGAAGCUGUAUAACGAAAUUGUUGAUACAUUAGGAAAUGAUAAAAAUAUGGAUUUGACCAUAUCUAAUCUAAAUGAUUUAAAAUACUUAGAUAUUGUGACAAAAGAAGCAUUCAGAAAAUAUUCACCUGUGCCAUUGAUAGAAAGAAAGAUAGUAGAGGAUAUGGAUUUAGAUGGGAUUACAGUUCCAAAAGGUACUGAUGUGACAAUAUUUUUAUAUGGAAUGAAUCACGAUCCAAAAGUUUUCGCAAACCCAGAAAAAUUUGAACCCGAACGAUUUCUUCCAGAAAAUAUUUCGAGACGUCAUACAUUUGCUUAUCUUCCGUUUAGUGCUGGCCCAAGGAAUUGUAUAGGUCAAAGAUUUGCAGUUUAUGAAGUGAAGCUCAGCGUAAUAAAGUUUCUGUUAAAGUUUGAACUAAUACAAGAUCCUAACUUUAUACCUCAACAUGGGUUGAGUUCAAUUCUCAAAUCUAAAAAUGGACUUAAAGUUAAGCUAAGACUCAGAAAUUAAAACAGUAUACAAUUUAUCGAUCUAUCAAUCAGAUGUCAAUCUGUAAAUCUGUAUUAAAGUGAAAAUUAUAUAACUUUUAGUUUA